UCCGUCUCUGUGGUUGUUCCUCCCGCUCCUCCCUGCGGGGCGGCGGCGAUGGCGGAGCCGGGGAGAGCCGGCGGGAGCCCCGAGCCCCCCGUGCAGGUGUCUAUCAUUUUGCCUGUUCACAACAGUGAAUGCUGGUUAGAUGAAUGCCUGAAGUCAGUUUGGGAACAAGAUUUUAAAGGAACCAUGGAGCUGUCAAUUUUUAAUGAUGCCAGUAAGGAUGGUUCAGCUGAAAUAAUUGAAAAAUGGAAGAUCAAGUUGGAAGAAGUUGGUGUUUCAGUAAUCAUUGGAACCAACAAUUCCUCUCAGCCUCGCGGUGUUGGAUUUGCCAAAAAUCAAGCAGUAAUUCAGAGCUCAGGAACCUAUCUCUGCUUUCUGGAUUCAGAUGAUGUGAUGAUGCCACAGCGGGUUAGGCUGCAGCACCAAGUUGCCAUUCAACACCCAAACAGUAUCAUUGGUUGCCAAGUGAGAAGAGAGCCACUGGACUCCACUGAGCGAUACACUCGCUGGAUCAACAACCUCAGCCAGGAGCAGCUCCUUACACAGGUGUUCACCUCCCAUGGGCCCACUGUGAUCAUGCCAACCUGGUUCUGCUCUCGGGAGUGGUUUUUCCAUGUGGGGAGAUUUGAUGAGGGUGGAAAGGGUGUCCCAGAGGAUCUGUUGUUUUUUUAUGACCAUCUCCAGAAGGGUGGUGGAGUCUUCCGAGUGAACCAUUGCCUCCUGCUCUACCGGUACCACCCCCAGGCUGCCACUCACUCUGUCCUAGAGGAAACCAUCUGGAAUCACCGAGUCAGGUUCCUUGAGGACAGAGUCCUGAGCUCCUGGACAUCAUUCACCAUUUGGAAUGCUGGCAAGCAAGGCAAGAAGCUCUACAGAAGCUUGUCACCAGCUAAUCAGAAAAAGGUAACUGCAUUUUGUGAUGUUGAUGAAAAGAAAAUAACAAAAGGAUUCUACACCUAUGAGGAAUCUGAGGAGAGACCAAAACCAAAAAUUCCUGUGUGUCACUUCAGGGAUGCAACUCCACCCUUUGUGAUCUGUGUGAAGCUGGACAUGACAGGUGGAGCCUUUGAAACAAACCUGGCCACGCUGAACCUGAAGGAAGGGAAGGAUUAUUAUCACUUUAACUAAAGCAAGGUGAGGCAGUGCUGCUCUCUGUGUGUCUGGGUGCAGGAAAACCAAAUUCUUCAGGGAUUUAGAACUUUUUAGUCAUUUGGGAUUUGUUAAUUUAAUCUUUGGGCUGAGUAACCCCUUUGUAAGGGAGGUCACAUUUACACCAGGGUCAUUCUGUGUGCAUUACUUUUUACUGUGCACAUUAGUAGUUAUUAUUGGGUUUUUUUUACUGUGUGCAUUACUACUUUUAUUGUUGCAUAUCACUCAGUUUGCUGGUAAAUUGUGAUUAACAGUCAGUGAGCUCCACUAAUUCCAACUCCCAGUCCAGCUUGCAGGAAUCCUUAAGAAGUAUUGAAUAAUCUCAUUUAUAGUUACUUUCUUCAAAACCAGAGUCUGAGCCAGCCAGGUUGGAAGUGAACACCUGCACUUUGCAGCAUUGACAUCACAGAGAAGCUGGCUUGGUUUUAGCUUCUCUGCCUGUAUUUUUCCUUCCUUUCACAUUUGUAGAGAUGUGUCUAUACACACACAGCCACUGUUCUACUGCUGGCACUUAAUUACAGCCAUAAAAUAACAGUGUAAUUACAAUAGAAUGUGGCCUCCCAUCACAUUGAGCUCACUAAAGAUCAACUUCAGAGUGAUUUCAUUUUGUAGGGGGUAAGAAAUGAGCUGGAGUCCUGGCAGUCUGGUGUCUCCCAGCAGUCCUGGAGCUGCUUGAAGAACUGCCUCACCUUCUUCAAAACUGAGUUUACCACAAAAACAGUUUGUCUGAAUUAGUUACAUAAAGAGCUGUUAAGCUCUUUAUUUGUUUAAAGCUGUUUAUUUGCUUAUUUGUUAAGAGAGGCUUUGACAUCAG